AUGUCGACCAUUGUGGAGACCGCUGUUGAACACCGUGGGGCAAAUGACGAGAGUGGCAUGGCCGUAACAAAAUCGCUGGAGAACCUCUCGCUGGGUGGUGUGGCGGCGGUGUACCCACAGGCGAAGAUGCCCAAGAAGUACCGCAUUCCUCAGAAGGGCGAAGUCAGCACAUACCAAGGAGCUGGAGUCAUCCCUGUCACAAGACUGCCGGAUGGCAAGGCUCGGGUCCUACUUUGGCAGCCACAGAAGGGUAAGAAACAGGGCGUGCGCUGGUGGGACUUUGGCGGCAGCAAGAAGCAAGCGGAGGAGUUUGCCAGCAGCUGUGCUUGCCGGAAGUUUGCAAAGCAGACCUAUGGCCUUUUCGGCUGUGCUCUCGACUUGCAAGGAGACAAGGCGCCAAUGCAGCUUCGAGAGCUCUACCAGGGUUUGGCCAACCUCCCGCUGAUGCUGAAGGCAAGUGAGGAAUGGGCUCAUUUGCAGCUUCUUGACGACGGCCCUCGGAUAUUCUUCAACGACAUCCAUGAGUAUUUUCUGUACAUGUUGUGCGUGCCAUACGUUCCAGAGGAAGUUCUCAAUGAGGUGUCAAAGAUCGUUGAUGGCCGCAAGCGUGUCUUCAGGUGGAUGACCGUGGAGGAAUUGGCUGAGGAGGUCAUGGCGCCCAGGCUCCACAUGGCCAGCUUCGCACUUCAGCUGGAGAAUCUCAACGAUGAUCCUUUUGUGCUCACGGGCAGAACUUAUGGCAGCGUGGCGAGCAACAUUGCCACCGGAUCUUUUUCUGCCGUAGCUAUGUGA